UAAUAAUAAUAAUAAUAAUAAUCGUGGAGUUGGAAUGACCAUGUAUACUACAACAGCUUCCACAUUUACAAUGGAUCCAACAAAUAUAAAUAUCAAUACAAAUACAAUGGAUACUUUUCAUACCUAUAAGAGUAUGGAGUUUGGUGGGUCAAGACAGAAGCGAUCACGCUAUGGAGAUGAUAUACACUUUUACAACGCCUUUCCUAAUAAUAAUAUUAAUAAUAUUAAUAAUAAUAAUGUGGCUUCAGUAGAGGAGAGAGAAGAUUGGGGAAUCAUGGGUGAGGGCUUCACCACACUGCGGGCCGAUAUCCUCACCAAACCCUUCAGCACACCACCACCCCCAUCAUCAUUAUUAUCUUCCCCAACAACAACAAUAUUAAAAAGAAAUAACAAUAAUAACAAUAAUACUGUUGGAGGCAUCACCGUAUUAUCAACAGGAAAGGAAGAAAGAGAAAGAGGCGAAAGACUAUCCACUACUUCUCAUAGUGUUCAUACAUCCACAAUAAAGCCAAAAGUACAUAUUAGUCCACAGGCAAGUAAUGAUACGGUGCGGGCGUAUGUGGCUCAACACGUGCGAUUACGUCCACUAGAGAAUCAAAAUAUAAAUACAGUACCGUUGUUUAGAUCAUCAUCAUAA